GGCAGCUCCGGGGGGUCCCUGCCGGCCAUGAGCCCCCCGGGCCGGCCGGGGGGGCCGCCGGGGGACGGGGGGCUCCGCUGAGCCCCAGCCAUGGAGCCGCGCCGCUGGCCGCUGCUCUGGGGCGUCCGCGCCGUGCUGGUGCACGUCACCGUGCUCACGGCGGGGCAGCGCCCGCAGGAGAGACCCCCGCGGCCGGCGGGAUGGUCGCCGGGCCCUUCAUCCCCGUGGGCGCCCACCCUGGAGCCGGGAGCGCCGGGGGACGCCGAGGGCUCGGCGGCAGCGCUGGCGUUCCUGCGCACGGGGGAUGCCCAGCGCCUGGCCCGGGCCAACUGCAGCGGGGGGGUCGCGGCGGGACCCCCCGGCCCGGGGCCCCCCCCGGCCCUGCGAGCCGCCCUCCGGGCCGCCCCCGAGGCGCUGGCGCACACCGCCAACUUCCUCAACAUGCUCUUCCAGACCAACGACAUCCGCGAGGCCAGCGUGGCCGAGGACGUGGAGUGGUACCAGGCGCUGGUCCGCAGCCUGGCCGAGGGGCACCCCUGGGUGCGCCGGGCGGUGCUGGCCCUCGACGCCCACCCGCUGGCCCCCAAGCCCCGGCUGAUGCUCCAGGCCACCAAGGGGGACGGGCAGAUCCUGCUGCAGGACGUCUCGGCCUCCGCCCCCAGCCUGGGCAACCUCAGCUGGGACAACGAGUGGUUCAACGCCCUCAAGUCGCAGCGGACCCCCCAGCUCCGCAAGCGCGUGCUCAGCAACGACCUGCGCAGCAUGGAGACCCCCAAGUGGCAGCGGGGGGACAGCUACGUGGGCGACCCGGGCCACGUGAGGUGGUCGCCGCCGUUCCUGGAGUGCCGGGAGGGCAGGUUCCUGCCCACCUGGGCGGUCACGCUCUCCUCCGCCUUCUACGGGCUCAAGCCGGACCUCAGCCCCGAGUUCAAGGGUGUGGUGCGGGUGGACGUGGAGCUGCGGGAUGUGGCCAUCGACCAGUGCGCCAGCGGGCCAGGCUGGUUCUCAGACACACAUCGCUGUGACCUCAACAGCACCCAGUGUGUGCCCCAGGAGAGCCAUGGCUUCGUCCUCGGGAGGUACCUGUGCCGGUGCAGGCCGGGCUUUUACGGGGCCGGCGGAGUGGCCAGCGGUGCCUGGGCAGGGCCGGACGGGGGGUCCCGCCUGGCGUGCUGGCCCUGCCGCCCGGGCUGUGCCACCUGCGAGGAUGACAAGCCGUGCCUGAUCCAGGAGGACCCGGUGCUGCGGGCGGCCGUGCUGUCGUGCCAGGCCUGCUGCAUGCUGGCCAUCUUCCUCAGCAUGCUCGUCUCCUACCACUUCAGACGGAGCAAGAGGAUCCGGGCGUCGGGAAUCAUCCUCCUGGAGACCAUCCUCUUUGGAUCCCUCCUCCUCUACUUCCCCGUGUUCAUCCUCUACUUCAAGCCCAGCAUCUUCCGCUGCAUCGUCCUGCGCUGGGUGCGGAUGCUCGGCUUCGCCACCGUCUACGGCACCAUCACCCUCAAGCUGUACAGGGUGCUGAAGGUGUUCCUGUCCCGCUCGGCCCAGCGGGCGCCCUACGUGUCGAGCGGGCGGGUGCUGAAGCUGCUGGCGCCCAUCCUGCUCCUGGUGCUGUGGUUCCUGGCGGCCUGGACCAUCGGGAUGCUGGAGAACGUCAACAAGAACAUCCCGCUGGUGAUCCGUGCCCAGACCACCCACGGGCUCCACUUCUACAUCUGCGGCCACGACUGCUGGGACUACAUGAUGGUCAUCGCCGAGAUGCUGUUCCUGCUGUGGGGCAGCUUCCUGUGCUACGCCACCCGUGCCGUGCCCUCCGCCUUCCACGAGCCCCGGUACAUGGGCAUCGCCCUCCACAACGAGCUCAUGAUCUCCGCUGCCUUCCACGUGGUCAGGUUCAUCAUCAUCCCCUCCCUGCAUCCUGACUGGACUCUGCUCCUCUUCUUCGCUCACACCCACGGCACCGUCACCAUGACCCUGGCCCUGCUCUUCAUCCCCAAGUUCCUGCACAGGGGCUCUCCGCUGCGGGAGGAGAUCACGGCCGAGGUGUACGAGGACGAGCUGGACAUGCGGCGCUCGGGCUCCUGCCUGAACAGCAGCAUCGCGUCCGCCUGGAGCGAGCACAGUCUCGACCCCGAUGACAUUCGGGAGGAGCUGAAGAAGCUCUACCGGCAGCUGGAGGUGCACAAGACGUGGCGGAUGGCGACCAACAACCCCCACCUGCCCAGGAAGCGCAGCUCCCGCCGCAGCCUCGCCCGCUCCAUCCUGCGGCGCGGGGCCGAACCGCCCGAGGCCCCGUCCCGCCGGAGCAGCGCCGGGGACCACCGCGGGAGCAUCCCGAGCCGCCGCGGCUCCUCCGCCAGGCGCCCGCUGGACGGGAGGAUGCGGGACGAGGGGUCCCGGCGCCGCUCCUCGGCCCUGCGCAAGUCCCGCAGCUCCGAGGGGCUCCCCCGAGGGUCGCCCGCCCCCGAGGAGCCCUCGCCGGGGAGGGAGGCGAUGGAGGUGACCUUGGAGCAAUCCGACAGCGACUCCCUGGACGCCGCCCCGCUCAUGUGCAAGUCGGCCAGCGCCCAAAACCUGUCGGGGCACUGGCAGAGACCCCCGGCCCGGGCGCCCGCCCUGCAGAAGUCGCACAGCGUCGUCACCGGGGCGCGGGAGGAGGCCCUGCUGGCGGCCAGCAGAGCCGCCCGGGAGGGGUGGCACAGCAGCAGGCAGCUCUCAGCCCCGGCCUCGAGGCACCCCCCCGGCCGCGCCCCUCCCGGGGACGCCGGGAAGGCCAAAAUCCCCGCCAAGAGCUGCUCCCAGGAGGACGCGUCCCCCCCGGGCGAUGCCAAGGUGCAGAAACACGUCACCUACGCUCCCAUCAAGAGCGUCAGCAUCGACAGCGCCCACCCGCCCAGGAAGGUGCGGGUGGCCGUGAGGAAAACGCCCCCCGUGCCCCCCGUGCGCUACGAGAGCCUGGGGAGGCACUCGGUGCCCGCCGGGGACUCCCUGGAGCCGGAGGAGCCACCGCGGGACCCCCCGGCAGCGGCGGGAGAGGAGGAGGAGGGGACGCCGGAGGGACAGGGGACACCGGAGGGACAGGGGACACCGGAGGGACACCCGGGGCACUCGACCCCCCCCGCGGGGAAGGGGGGGCUGCUGAGCCCCCCACCCCCCAUCUCGGCGCAGGUCUGUCCCUGGGAGCUGAUCCAGGACGAGAUCCUGAGCAGGAAGCAAAAAGCCGCCGAGGCAGCAGAGUCGGGGACCGCCGGUGACGCGGAGACCACCGAGCCCAAACCGCCCCCCGCCAAGACCUUCCGGAGCCUGGGCCUGGCCAUCAAAGCCCUGAACCGCUCCCGUGGGAAGAGCGUCCUCAGAGGGAAGAGGGAGAGCGAGGGGAGCUUCAGGAAGAGGGGGAGCAGCAGGAGGGAGAAGUCCCUCGGGGGCACCGGCCCCGACCCUGCUGCCAAAAGCCCCGAGGGGGGCAGGCAGAGGCCUGAGCCCCCCAGCCGUGGGUACACGGUGCCCUGCCAGCACAACAACAACGCUGCCACCCCCGGGGAAGCCACGGGCUGGGGGGACAGCGGGACAGAAGGACACUGGGACAGUCUGGCUGGUGGGGACGAAGUGGCGGAGCAGUUUCCCAGUGGGAAAACACAGGUGGAGCCCCAGGAAGGGGAUGGGGCUCCUGGGCUGGAUCCCGGGAAGGAUGCUCCUGCAGUGGAUCCAGGGAAAGAUGCUCCUGCAGUGGAUCCAGGCAAAGAUGCUCCUGCAGUCACGCUGGAGGAAGGAACAGCCGAAGGGCUCCAGGGGACCAGCGGCUCCAUCCAGCCCCAGGAGCACACGGAGGAGGAGCAGCCACCUGCAAAGCCCACCCCAAGCAGCCCCCAGCCCUCCACCACCAGCGUGCAGGGAGAGGCCAGGGAGAAGCCGGACGCUGGGGUUUUUCCCCCAGGAUCCCUCAGAAUCCCAGCGGGAAGGGGAGCCCUGCUGCGCCAAGAGGCCGUUGGUUCCCGGGAGGACGGUGGGUUCCCGGUGGGUGAGGAGAGCCUGGACAAGGUGCUGGAAAAAGGGAGCAGCCAGGCUGAGCCCCUCAGUCCUGGGGGGAGCCAGGGCACUGAUGGAGCCUGGGAUGCAGCGGGGAAAGCUGGGAGUGUGCCCAAACCUUCAUCCCAGCGAGCUGGAUCCGUGGACAGCAGAAAGGCCACCGUCUGUCCGUGGGAAGUGGAGGAUGAGCCACGUCCUAGAACAGAAAUCUGCCCCUGGGAAGAGGCUGCAGCUCCAGCAGGGAAGGAGGGAUUGAGUCAGGACACCUCCAAAAGGGAAGGCAAGCCAGGAUCCAGAGGAGGGGGAGAUCCCAAAGCAAAGCUGGCAGGGCUGGGCAGCCAUCGGGAAGAGCACAGGGACAGCGGGAUCUUCGCAGAGCUCGUCAGGGAAAGCCUGGAAAAAGCCGAGUCCAAGAAAUCCCAGAGUAUGGAGAGCAUAAAGGAGGAGAUCUGUCCCUGGGAGAGCCUGGGCACCGAGAAACCCCUGGAACAACCUCCUGCCAGGAGCACAGCACUGCCCAAAUCACCUUCGGGGAAAUCCCAGAGCACGGAGAGCCUGAAGGCAGAGAUCUGUCCUUGGGAGGCUCAGGAGCCCAGAUCCAGUGACAAAGCUGAAAUCUGUCCCUGGGAAGGGGCUGAACCUCCAUCAGGUAAAGAGAAACUCAGACCAUCCACUGUGAGCAAAAGCCCUUCUGCAAGUCAAGGUCUCCUGAAAGAAACUGGAGUUGGUGCCUCUGGAAAGGAGGAGAAAGCAAAGAGAGACCGUGAGUCCGUCUGUCCCUGGGAGAGCCCGGACAUGGAGCAGCCACAGGCCAAACCCCACCCUGGGAGCAGAGAGCCAUCAAAGAAAUCAGCAGAGAUCUGUCCUUGGGAGGCCCAGGAGCGCAAAGCCAGUGACAGAGCAGAAAUCUGUCCCUGGGAGAGCACGGAGCAGCCCCCAACCAAACCCCGUGCAGGGAGCACAGAGCCUUCAAAGAAAUCCCAGAGCACGGAGAGCCUGAAGGCAGAGAUCUGUCCUUGGGAGGGUCAAGAGGUCAAAUCCAGUGACAGAGCAGAAAUCUGUCCCUGGGAGGGGGCUGAACCUCAGCUGGACAAAGGAACAGCCCCAGGGAAGGACAGAGUCCCAGCAAAGUCCUCCAAACUUGUGGAGAAAGGGAGCAGAGAUCGUGAGUCUGUCUGUCCCUGGGAGAGCGUGGAUACAGAGCAACCCCCAAGCAAACCCCGUGCAGGGAGCACAGAGCCUUCAAAGAAAUCCCAGAGCACAGAGAGCCUGAAGGCAGAGAUCUGUCCUUGGGAGGGUCAGGAGCUCAAAUCCAGUGACAGAGCAGAAAUCUGUCCCUGGGAGGGGGCUGAACCUCAGCUGGAGAAAGGAAAAGCCCCAGGGAAGGACAGAGUCCCAUCAAAAGGAGUGGCCACCUCCAAACCUGUGGAGAAGGGGAGCAGAGACCGUGAGUCCGUCUGUCCCUGGGAGAGCACGGACACGGAGGAUCUCUCCCUGAAAACUGCAAUGGAGAAGGAGCCAUCCAAGAAAUCCGACAGCACGGAGAGCAGGAAAUCUGAAAUCUGCCCCUGGGAAGCAGCAGAGCCCACGGGGUGGGAGAAGGAAAGCUCCAAAGCAGGUGUGCACCCACGGGGAGCUGACAGAACAUCCCACCCCGGGAUGGGAAAGCCAAAGGCGGUGGCAGGAGCCAGUGUUGGGUCUCUGGAAAAAUCCAAGGGCAGCUCUGCUGGGGAGGCCAAGCACAAGCCCCUGUGCCGGCUCCUGCCCGGCAUCCAGCCCCCAGGGACGGGCAGCAGCUCCAGCCCUGGCACUGGCCUGGCUGAGGUUUGUCCCUGGGAAGCAGAAGAGGCUCCAUCAGCGCCUGCCAAGCCCAGCACAGACACGAGGAAAACCUCGGAGGUGUGUCCCUGGGAGGAGGAGGGUGUGGAUCCCACCCCGACCCACCAUGGCCAGGGCAGAGCCAGGGGGACCCCCCGGGAUGGAGAGGGGGGUGAGAGGGAAACCCAGCCCGAGGUGUGCCCGUGGGAUCACCAGGAGCCCCAUCCAUAAAUCCCAGUGCUGAUGUGGCUUCCGGGGAGGGAAAGGCUGGGGCUGGAGGCUGCUCCCACCUGCAGGGCCCCCAUGCUUGGCCCGAGGUCUUUGCUGGUCCAACACCAACGUCAGGACGUGUAAAUACAGCAAAUAAAGGGUGUUGUUACAGAGUGUGGGCCG